AUGAGGCGGGAAGAGGAGGAAGAGGAGGAAACCAGGAUAAAAGCAAAAGGGUACUUAGAAGUGAAGGAGGAGGAGGAGAUCAGUGAGACGGGAGAACCGGUUGGCCCUUUUGCGGGUGCCACGCCCACCCCGAUGCCCCACAACAAGGCGGCUUGGCUUUCUGAGGCCUGGGAGUAUUUCCAACUGGCCCCUGCCCGUGCUGGACACCACCCCAACCCAUAUGCCGCCACCUGCCGCCUGUAUGGCGGGCAGGUGGGCCGUGGCGCUGGGGUUAACGUGGGCACCACAGCCCUGUGGAAGCAUCUGAAAAGCAUGCACAAAGAGGAGCUGGAGAAGAGUGGCCAUGGUCAGGCCGGGCAGCGCCAGGACCCCAGGCUUCAAGGGCCGUAGCUCCCCACAGGCAUUGAGGGCGACUGGGCUAGGAUCCUGGAGCAGGCCAGCCAAAGAGAAAAGGAGGUACUUAGGAGGGAGAGGGCAGUGGAAAAGAGAGAGCGAGCCCUGGACGAGAUGGAAAGGGCCAUCCUGGAGAUGAGGCGGAAGGUGAGGGCUGAGAAGAAGGCCUGCCAGAGGGAGACAGACCAGCCCACAGCAGCUCAUCCCUUCCAUUUUGUUUAA